AUGGGACUUUACCGCAUAGGUGUCGACGUAGGUGGAACGAACACCGACGCCGCUAUCCUUGACAUUACGGCCUCAGACACGCCCGGCCGCGGUGUCCUGGCUUCCCACAAGGCCUCAACUACACCAGACAUUACCACAGGCAUAGAAGCAGCAAUCCACGCUGUAAUUCAGAGCUCAGAAAUCGAUCAGAAGCGAGUCCUGAGUGUGACCAUAGGCACAACGCACUUCAUCAACGCUCUUGUUGAGGCUGACACGCGACGGCUUAGCAAGGUCGCUGUCGUCCGUCUCUGUGGGCCAUUUACAAGACAAAUUCCCCCAUUUUCGGACUUCCCCUCUGGUCUUCAUCGUAUUCUAGAUGGUGGUGUCUACUAUCUCGAUGGGGGGCUGGAGAUCGAUGGUCGGGAGAUUGCGCCGCUCGAUCAUGAGCAGAUUCGCCAGGCGGCCAGAGACAUCGUCGCGUCUGGGGUGAGAUCAGUUGCCCUAGUCGGUAUCUUUUCACCUCUGGAUCACUCCGGUAUGCAUGAAGAGACUUGUAAAAGAAUCAUGCUGGAAGAAGUGCCGGGUCUCGAUGUGGUUUGCUCCCAUGACAUAGGCCCACCUGGCCUAUUGGAGCGAGAGAACGCGACAAUCCUCAAUGCCGCAAUUCUCAGAACAGCCCGCAAGGUCACCCGAGGUUUCAGAAUCGCAAUGACGAAGCUAAAGCUGGCGUGUCCGCUUUAUCUGUCCCAGAAUGAUGGCACACUGAUCGAUGCUGAUACGGCAGCCGAGUUCCCCAUGAAGACCUUCGCCAGCGGUCCGACUAAUAGCAUGACUGGAGCGGCUUUUCUCGCCGGACUGGAUCAAGCAAAGAUGACAACCAGAGAUCCUGCCGAUACCUCGGAAAAGAAGGAAGUGGAGCCUCAAGUGCUCGUCGUUGACAUCGGCGGCACAACCACAGAUGUAUGCGCCUUGCUACCGUCUGGCUUUCCUCGACAAGCGCCUGGGUUUGUGGAACUUGGGGGCGUGAGAACAGCAUUCUCAAUGCCCGAGGUCGUCUCAAUUGGGCUCGGUGGCGGCAGCAAAGUGAAGAUGAGCUCCGAAUUUGGGGGUGUCACGGUUGGCCCAGGGUCAGUUGGACACUUCCUUACUGAGCAGGCAAGGAUAUUUGGCGGUCCGACACUGACAGCAACGGAUGUUGUGGUGGCUUCUGGGAAAGCGAAGAUGGGAGACGCGAGCCUCAUCAAAGACAUCCCAAGCUCAACCAUUAACGACGCGCGUCAGAAGAUCAAAAAGAUGCUGGAAGGUGUUAUUGAGCAGAUGAAGGUUUCCGCUGCCCCUGUACACGUCCUUCUGGUGGGAGGGGGUGCUCUUCUGGUCACAGACAACCUCGAAGGCGUCGAGAAAUGUAUUCAGCCCAUCCAUCAAGGCGCUGCUAAUGCGGUUGGCGCUGCUAUUGGCAAGGUUUCUGGGGAAGUCGACGUGAUUGAGAUUCUUGAAGGGAGGGACGAGAAAGCAGUCGUUGCAGCGACGUGCCAAAAGGCUAUCGAUCUGGCCGUCCAAAAGGGCGCAGCUUCUGCAGACGUCCGCGUCGUCGAGGUCAACAAGAUGCCGCUUCAAUACGUCGAUAAUGGCGCGAUGAGGAUAAAAGUCAGGGCUGUCGGCAAAUUGAGUGUUCCCGAGGAUCCCAAUUUCUCACCUAUGAGCAUGACGCCAGUCGAAGAAGAGGACAAGGAGGCCGAGGCGCCAAAGGAGAGUGUUCCGGACGCUCUAGAGCCGGCCACCAAGCCCUCACUACGGAUAGAUCUCGAGACCUACCGGCCUGACGUCCGAGAAGGGGUCUGGUACGUCUCAGAGGUAGAUCUGGAAUUGAUUUCAACAGGCUGUGGUGUGCUAGGAACUGGGGGCGGAGGUCCAACCCACCACGAAUUCUUGAAAAGCUUGCAUGUCCUACGCAAUAGCGAGCCUGGCAAGAUGAGAAUUAUAUCACCUUCGUCCCUCGCCGACACUGACAUGGUAUGCUUCGGCUCCUGGUAUGGCACUCCGAGCGUCAUCAACGAGAGAAUUGCUGGUGGCUCAGAGAUCCCCAGCGGCAUCGAUGCCGUGAGAAAGACCUUGGGUAAUGUACCACUUCAUGGAGUUUUCAUCGACGAGAUUGGCGGAGGCAAUGGGCUCAGUGUUUUCCCAACCGGCGUACACUAUGACAUACCAGUCAUCGAUGGCGACGCGAUGGGAAGAGCAUACCCGACCAUGUAUCAAGCUACACUGAGCGUCUAUGGUCACCCGUUGACCCCCUGUGCGCUCUCCGACGCAAGGGGCAACGUUUCCAUUGUGAUGAGUUCCGACACGCCAAUUCGCCUGGAGCGAUUCCUGCGCACAGCAGCAAUUGAGCUCGGCCUCGGAUGCGCCGUUUGCGCCAGGCCGCUUCCCGGCUCGGCCAUAAAGUCCCACGGCGUCCCCAACACUCUAUCGCAAGCCUGGUAUUUAGGUCGGGCGGUACAUAUGGCGCGAACGAGGAAGUCUGACUAUGUCAAUGCUAUCUUCGAAGUAUGUGCCGGGAAGCUUCUUUUUACAGGCAAGAUCAUCGAUGUAAGGCGCUAUGUGGGUGGUGGCUACACGAUGGGCAGCGUCCUCAUUGCCCCCCUUGCAGACGAAGAGAAAGACUCCGACACAAAGAACACAUCGCUUCCAGAUCGGCAUAUAAUCAUCCCGUUUCAGAAUGAGUACCUUUACGCUGCUCUCACAGAUGAAGAGGGUUCAGAGGGCGGCCAGCAAGAGGUGUUGUGUACCGUGCCGGAUCUGAUCUCGAUUCUAGGCCAAGAUGGGGAGGCUAUCGGGUCUCAGGAUCUCCGCUACGGCUUGCGUGUGAAUGUUAUCGCGCUACCUGCUCACCCUCUCUGGAAGACAGAGAAAGGUAUGCCCGUGGGAGGCCCUCAAGCCUUUGGGCUGAGCAUGCCAUUCGUUGGGGUUGGAGAGUAUACCGAGUCCAGGAGUGUCAUUGAGGAGUACGAGGUGAUCAAGGUCAAUUCCACGAAUAGCAUGAUGAACGUGGUUUAUUGCAUUGAGAAUACCAUCCUCUGCCUAACCACAGCGGACAUUGGCAUCUAUGUCGGCUAA